GUCUUGGAGUCUCCCGUUCCCAUUUGCCUAAAAAAGAUCUCCUUCGCUCCCCGAAAGCAUCUUUUUCUAUUCGACGUCAUCCGCUUUCAAGCACUGAUUUUCUCUUCCAGGUCUUUGUAAUUUGGCGGGAAAAUGUCGGGUAAAGGAGCGAAAGGGUUGAUAACCGCUGGCAAAUCCACUAAGGAUAAAGAGAAGGACAAGAAGAAACCCAUGUCCCGUUCUUCUCGCGCUGGUCUCCAGUUCCCUGUGGGUCGGGUCCACCGAUUGCUGAAAACUAGGGCUCAAGCAAAUGGAAGGGUUGGAGCAACAGCUGCUGUGUACACAGCUGCCAUACUGGAGUACCUGACUGCCGAAGUGCUAGAACUGGCGGGUAACGCAAGCAAGGAUCUGAAGGUUAAGCGUAUUACCCCUAGACAUCUGCAGCUUGCUAUCAGGGGAGAUGAAGAACUCGACACCUUGAUCAAGGGAACCAUAGCAGGAGGUGGUGUUAUCCCGCACAUUCACAAAUCACUUAUCAACAAAUCUUCAAAGGAGUAGUUCACAUAAUUGACCUCGGUUAGUGCUCGAAUUGGUUUGCACCCAGAACCUCACGAAAAAAAAAUUGUGGCCUGUCUUUUGCCUGGACAAUGUGGAUACUAGUUUUUCAUUAGCCAAUUAUGGUGAUUUCAGGAUUUGAAUUAGAAA